ACCACCACCACCAAACACCACCAAUACACUACCACCACUACCACCACUACUACUACUACUACUACUACUACUACUACUACUACUACUACUACUACUACUACUACUACUACUACUACUACUACCACCACCACCACCACCACCACCAAACACCACCAAUACACUCCCACCACUACCACCACUACUACUACUACUACUACUACUACUACUACUACUACUACUACUACUACUACUACUACUACUACUACUACUACUACUACUACCACCACCACCACCACCACCAAACACCACCAAUACACUCCCACCACUACCACCACUACUACUACUACUACUACUACUACUACUACUACUACUUUUUCCAUGCAAUUAGGCAUAUUAGGAUCAUCAUCAGUAGUAGCAGUAGUAGGCCUAGUCAUUACACACACAAUAAUUCAUAAUAAACUUGUAUAUAUAUUUUUCUGCAUAUUUCAAUUUCUUAUUUUAUUUAUUCCAAUGAUUUUAACUAAUACACUCCAUGUUUAGACCUAUGUGUGUGUGUGUGUGUGUGUGUGUUAGGUGACCCAGCAUGACCUCUCAUUGUGACCUCUGCAUUUUGAGUCAAGUCUGGUGAGAAAUUGAUGUACACUAGCAUUGAAACCAUUGGAGAUUCAAAUAAGCUAGGCAGUGUUGUGUUGUGUUCGGGGUGUUCGGCUAAGAAUUAAAAUUGUGUUUCGGAUAAGCUGGCCAGUGUUGUGUUGUGUUCAGGGUGUUUGGCAAAGGAAAAACUGUAUUUGGGAUAAGGUGUGUGCAUUUUUGGGUAUUUGGUGUAGGGUAAACUGAUGUAUUUUGGGUAAACUGUUGUAUUUUGGGUAAACCAGCAGAAUAUUGGAUAAAGUUGUGUUUGUGAUGAAAGAAAUUGUGUGUAGAAUAUUUAGGUGAAAGAUAAGCAGUGUUUUUUAAUUAGAUACAGAAGUGGUGUGUGUGUUUUUUUGGUGUUUGGUAAAAGAUGAACUGUUGUAAUUGAAAUGGUGUUGAGGAUUGUGAAAAUUUUGUUAAACUUAUUUCAUUGUAUAAUUCUUUUCUUUGGUCUUCUUCCUCCUCCUCUUUUUUCUUUCUUUCUUGUGUUCCUUCUUCCUCUUUCCCUUUCUUUUCUUUCUGGUGUUCCUUCUUCCUCUCGUCCUUUUCUUUUUCUUGUGUUCCUUCUCCUCUUUCUCUUCUUCCUUUGUUGUCUUGUCUCUUCUUCCUGUCUUCCUCUUUUAAUUUACUGUUUUAUGUUCCUCCUCCUCCUCCUCUUCCUCUCUUUCAUUCUUCCCCUGUCAUCCUCUUCACUUCUUCAUUCUUCCCCUGUCAUCCUCUUCACUUCUGUCUUCCUUUAAUUCAUAUGUACCUCCUCCUCCUCCUCAUCAUCCUCCUCUUUCUCUCUUCCCUGUCUUUUCCUCCUCAUCUCCUCAUCAUCAUCCUCUCUCUCUCUUCCCUGUGUGUUUUCCUCCUCAUCAUCCUCUUCCUCUCUUCCCUUUGUCUUUAAGUAAAAUUCAGGUUUGUCUAUGUUGUUAUUAUUAUUAUUAUUAUUAUUAUUAUUGUAACAUUCUAAACUUUUCUAUAAGGAUUAAAUUUUGAUAUAUUGA